CAAGAUUGUCAGGUAACAACCAUAGAAAGAAGUCACUGACAGUAUUCUUGACCACUUAUUUCCUGAUAUCAUUUAUUUCUGAAAGGAACUGAAACUGUGCUCAACUCGAUGAAUCCCACAAACACCAGCUCCUUGUUCGGGGGAGGUGGUCUAGGGGCCUCGACAACACCGCAGCAACCAGCGAGCAUAUUUUCUUCAAAUAAUCCAACGAGCUUAUUAGGAAAUAACUCAAACACCGAGGCUGCUCCAACAAACUCUCUUUUCGGGGCACAAUCGCAAGCGCCACAACAAUCCGCACGACCUCCUAUUCAAACGACUCAGCCUGCAUUUUUCAACAGCCUACUAGAACGUGGGAAAAAGAGACCAUUGUCUGAAGUAGGGCAAAACAACAGCUUUGAAGAGCUACCCAGUCUUCAGCUGGGACUUGAUGAUAUUCGGAGGAAAGCAAGAGAGCUUGGUACUGGUGGGCUCAAGGAUUCCCACCAGCAUGGUCCAAAUACCAAGGCUCAUUAUCUGCUAGCCGCGUCAGGUAUUUCACCAGGGCAUGCAUUACGGGACCUCAAAGCUUUGGACCCUCAAGCUUCCAUUGCAUUUCCUUCCAAAGAGCAAGAGAUAUUUGAUCCAGAUAAUCAAAAGUUCUUGAGAAACAUACAGCAACGUGGCCGACAAGUGAUGGUCUCUGAAAGUCUUUCCAGGGCUCACAGGGAUUUUGAUACAUUCUUGGAAGAAAAAGUGGACAUGAACUGGGAGGAGCAGCGCCAGAAAAUCUUCCAGCAUUUUGGGCUAGCGCAGAAGGAAGACAAUACGGAAGAUUCCCUGGGGGCAACUGCACGGGGUUCAUUUGGUCGUUCAACGAGACAAACCAAACAAAUGGGGACCACAGCGCCCCAAGGUCCUUUGGGGAUUUCUCGCAGGAGUGUUUUUGGACGCUCAGGCCUGGAAAAGUCGGUCAUAGGAACUCCUGGUACUGGGCUGGCCAAGCCUCAGCUUUUCGAAGACUCCAGUGAACGCAACGACGGGCCAGGCACUCAUGGUCCAGAUGUCCGGUUUUUGCGGGAGAAAAUGGGUCAUUAUGCCGAUAAGGUUCAGCUUUUGAACUCCGCUAGACUCCAAGAGCGAACCUUCCCAAUAUUCCAUGAAUUUUCCGAUGUUGAAAAGCAUGCAGGUGGUGAUGUCCCUCGUCAGUUGUUCGAUGCCUAUCAAGCCCUGAUAAGCAUCACUAAGGAGAACCCAAAUAUCGCAAGUUUUUCGGACCCUGGUGCCAUACGGGAGCGACAGUUUUCUGAAGAUUACCUUGACGAAACCCCUAAUUCGCGCCGAGCUAUUGGCCUAAGGAAAAGAGUUGUUGAUGGGUCCAGAUCAUUCCUUGAAAGCAUAUUUUAUCACGAGGUCGAAAAUGUGAUUGCCAAAAAUCCUCGGGAAGCGCAACUUGGAGGCAUACCGACGGUAAUCAACAAGAUUCGUGCUUACAUUCGCCUUCGAGCUGCAAGAAAAGAUCUUGCGCCUGACGGAACUGAGCUUCAAAUGGUCGGUGAAGACUACUGCUGGAUUCUCAUAUUCUACCUUCUUCGGUGUGGGUUUAUUACCGAGGCGGCGGAGUAUGUAAGUCAAGAUCCUGGUUUCCGGUCACUGGAUCACAAGUUCGUAACAUAUAUGACAACUUAUGCACAAAACCGACGACUACCGAGAGAUUUGCAGCAGAAAAUAAACGGCGAGUACCAACAGCGAUCGCGUAAUGCACCUGAUAACACAGUUGAUCCUUACCGAAUGGCAUGUUACAAGAUUAUUGGACGUUGUGAACUUAGCCGCAGACGCUUGGAAGGAGUGAACCAAAGCGUUGAAGACUGGAUGUGGUUGCAGUUCAGCUUAGCCAGAGAGGACGAUCGUGCCGAAGAAGUUGCGGGCGAUGUUUUUGGCCUCGAAGACAUUCAAACCGAUAUCACUGAAAUCGGGCAACGGGUGUUCGGGAAGGGGCAGGAGGGUCCCGGUGGUUAUGGAACUUUCUUCCUCUUACAAAUCCUGGGAGGAAUGUUCGAGCAGGCGGUUUCAUACCUUGGCUCUUAUGCCCCUGUCAGCGCCGUGCACUUUGCAGUUGCCUUGGCAUACUACGGACUUCUGCGAGUGUCUGAUUUCUAUACAUCAGGUGAAGAGAUUUUAUCAUUCACUGUGAAACAGUAUCCACAGAUAAAUUUCGGCUAUCUCAUCACACAGUAUACCCGGGAAUUUCGCACUGGAUAUGUGGAGGCUGCCAUAGAUUACUUUUCUUUGUUAUGUCUCAACGCUGACCUUCCGGGCGCUCUGGGCAAGUCUCAGGCUUCCGUCUGCCAUGAGGCUUUACGAGAAUUCAUCUUAGAGACCAGGGACUUUGCCAAAUUACUCGGCGACAUACGAUCCGACGGGACCAGAAUAAAAGGCGCAAUUGAACAACGACUCAGCUUGAUCAAAUUAAUUGAUCAAGAGCAAUUCCUCAAAACCAUUACAAUUCAAGCCGCUGCUGUGGCUGAUGACAAGGGCUUGGUAGCUGAUGCGGUUCUCUUGUAUCACCUCGCUGAGGAUUACGAUCGUGUUAUUGAUACAAUCAACCGAGCGCUAUCAGAUGCUGUGGCUGUUGAGCUGGGAGGCUCUGUCUUAAAGUUGCAGCCUUUGCGUCCAAGGACAAACCCUAGCCAGGGCCUAGGACCCAGCGGCCCAGUGGAGCCUGGAAGCAGCCUCAGCUUGACAGCAGUCGAACAUCCAGCUGAUUUGGCAAAGAACAUGAUCGGUCUUUACAACACCAAUGCUCUGUACUAUCAACGAAUCCGUCAAGUGAACCGUGACGCAUGUGGUUUGUUACUUCGAAUGAUGGAGGCGAAGACAGAAGUAGAAGCGGGGAAGUGGACACCGGCCCUUGACGCUAUCAACGAGUUGAACAUCCUUCCCUUACGGGCCAGAGGCUCAGUUCCUUACACCCGAAGUGCAGCCCAAGCAUUUUCAUCGUUCCCGCCGAUCAUCUCCCGUAAUGUUGGACAUGUUAUAAUGUGGAGCAUUACAUGCAUUGGUCACGAAAGGGAACGUUUGAGCUCUGGCGCAUAUGAAAAUGAAAUUAGGCAAGGUUUGGCAGAUGAGCUUUUGGUUAUGGCCAAAGAUCUGAUGAUUUUCUCUGGCAUGGUCAAAUACAAACUACCACCAAGAGUCUACGAUACUCUUGCUCGUGCCGGAGGGGAGAUUGGGGCAUAUUAAGCACAGAGCAAGUUGCGACAAAACGAUUCUGAUGGAGGAAAUACUAGCUGUACAAUUAUUCUGCACUUUUCUUUUUGAAUGAAUAAUAUCCCAUCCAAUAAGAGUUUAGGAAUUUAUGGUCACGUCAACUCUGGUC